GUCGCCGUUUAAGAGACACCAGCGCGGCGUCGUCGUUUUGUUUAUAUUUAUCUCAUAAAAACUUAAUUUUAUAAACCAAAGGAUGGGCCGUGAGUCCAGACAUUACAGAAAACGCUCUUCAUCGAGGGGUCGCUCCGGGAGCCGCUCAAAGAGCCGCUCUCCGGACAAACGAUCCAAGAAAGACGAGAGAGACCGAGGCCGGAGAGAGAGGUCACGGAGCCGGGAACGCCGAAGGUCACGGUCCAGAGACAGGAAAAGACCCAGACGGUCGAGGAGCAGAGACAGACGCAGGUCCAGGAGUCGAGAUCGAAGGAGCCGAGGAAAAAGAUCCCGAUCGGGAAGCAAAGGCCGGAAAACCGACGAGACGUCGAGGAGCAAAGAGAAGGACGUCCUCGACUCUGCCCCCGAAAAGAAAAAAGUCAAAGAGGAGAAAGAGGAUGAGAAAGUCGUGGAUCAGGAUUUUGACCAGAACAAACUGGAGGAGGAGAUGAGGAAGAGGAAGGAGCGUGUGGAAAAAUGGAGAGAGGAGCAGAGGAAGAAGGCCAUCGAGAACAUCGGAGAAAUCAAGAAAGAGCUGGAGGAGAUGAAGCAGGGCAAGAAGUGGAGCCUGGAGGACGACGACGACGACGAUGACGACACUUCGGCCCCGAUGGAGGGAGACGACGAAGAGGACGGCGAGGGAAAGGAGAUGAAGGACAAGGACUCUAAGGAGGAGUCUAAGGAGGGAGGAGACAAGGACAAGGAGACAGAGAUGGAGCAGGACACGGAGGAGGAUGACGUGGAUCCUCUGGACGCGUACAUGGAGGAGGUCAAACAGGAAGUCAAGAAGUUCAACAUGGGCGGAGUCAACGAUAAGAAGGGAGCCAUGAUGGUGACCAAAGUGGUGACUGUGGUGAAGACGAAGAAAGGCCCCAACGUUCACAAGAAGAAAGGAGAACUGAUGGAGAACGACCAGGACGCCAUGGAGUACUCGUCGGAGGAGGAGGAGGUCGACUUGCAGACGGCCCUCACAGGUUUUCAGACCAAACAGAGAAAGGUUCUGGAGCCAGUGGAUCAUGGGAAAAUCGAGUACGAGUCGUAUCGGAAAAACUUCUACGUGGAAGUGCCCGAACUCGCCAAGAUGAGCCCUGAAGAGGUGACGGCGUACCGCGCGGAGCUGGAGGGCAUCAUGGUCAAAGGUAAAGGCUGCCCCAAACCCAUCAGGACCUGGGUCCAGUGUGGCGUCUCCAUGAAGAUCCUCAACGCCCUGAAGAGACAUAACUAUGAGAAGCCCACUCCGAUCCAGACCCAGGCCAUUCCCGCCAUCAUGUCGGGCCGUGACCUCAUCGGCAUCGCCAAAACAGGAAGUGGAAAAACCAUCGCCUUCCUGCUGCCGAUGUUCAGACACAUCAUGGACCAGCGCCCCCUAGAGGAGGGCGAAGGGCCCAUCUCGGUGAUCAUGACCCCGACUCGAGAGCUGGCUCUGCAGAUCACCAAAGAGUGUAAGAAGUUCUCCAAACCUCUGGGCCUCAGAGUGGUGUGUGUUUACGGAGGAACCGGCAUCAGCGAACAGAUCGCUGAGCUGAAGCGAGGAGCAGAGAUCAUCGUGUGCACUCCAGGCAGAAUGAUCGACAUGCUGGGGGCCAACAGCGGUCGCGUCACAAACCUUCGUAGAGUCACUUACGUUGUGUUGGAUGAAGCCGACCGGAUGUUCGACAUGGGCUUUGAACCUCAGGUCAUGCGUAUCGUCGAUAACAUUCGUCCAGACAGACAGACGGUCAUGUUUUCAGCCACGUUCCCCAGAGCCAUGGAGGCUUUGGCCCGAAGGAUCCUGUCCAAACCCAUCGAGGUGCAGGUGGGAGGGAGGAGCGUGGUGUGCUCCGACGUCGAGCAGCACGUGCUGGUGAUCGAGGAGGAGAAUAAGUUCCUGAAGCUGUUGGAGAUUCUGGGUCAUUAUCAGGAGAAGGGCUCGGUCAUCAUCUUUGUGGACAAACAGGAGCACGCAGACGGACUCCUCAAAGACCUGAUGAAGGCCUCGUACCCCUGUCUGUCUCUACACGGAGGCAUAGACCAGUACGAUCGCGACAGCAUCAUAAACGACUUUAAAAACGGCGUGUGUCGUCUGAUGGUGGCCACGUCCGUCGCCGCCCGAGGUUUGGACGUGAAACAGCUGAUCCUGGUGGUGAACUACGGCUGCCCCAACCACUAUGAGGAUUAUGUGCACCGCGCCGGGAGGACGGGGCGCGCCGGGAACAAGGGUUAUGCGUACACGUUCAUCACGGAGGAGCAGGCGCGUUACGCCGGUGACAUCAUCAAAGCCCUGGAGCUCUCAGGGUCUGUGGUUCCUCCUGAACUGGAGCAGCUCUGGGCCUCCUUCAAGGACCAGCAGAAAGCAGAGGGAAAGUCCAUCAAAAGCAGCAGUGGAUUCUCAGGUAAAGGUUUUAAGUUCGAUGAGACGGAGCACGCUCUGGCCAACGAGAGGAAGAAGCUGCAGAAGGCGGCGCUGGGGCUGCAGGACUCGGACGACGAGGACGGAGCGCUGGAUAUCGAGGAGCAGAUCGAGAGCAUGUUUAACUCUAAGAAGCGCGUCAAGGACCUGGCAGCUCCAGGAGCCGCCCUCCCGGGAGCCGGAGCCGUGCCCACCGCCGCAGCCUCCACCGGGGGCACGGGAGGAGCGGGAGGGCCCACCUCCGCCGGAAACAUCCAGAAACUAGAGAUGGCAAAGUGGCUGGCACAUAAAAUCAGCACUCAGAAGAACCUGGGCGCGGAGGCACAGGAUGUGAUGCAACAGGCCACUAACGCCGUCCUCCGCGGCCGCGCUAUCAUGACGCCGUCGGUGUCGGCCAAAACCAUCGCGGAGCAGCUCGCCGAGAAGAUCAACGCCAAACUGAACUACACGCCGGUGGAGAAGAUGGAGGAGGAGAAACAGGGGGCGGAGCAAACGGAGACGGUCAAGAGGUACGAAGAGGAGCUGGAGAUCAACGACUUCCCACAGACGGCGCGUUGGAAGGUGACGUCCAAGGAGGCGCUGCAGAGGAUCGGCGAGUACUCUGAGGCCGCCAUCACCAUCAGAGGGACGUACUUCCCCCCAGGAAAAGAGCCCAAAGAAGGAGAGCGCAAGAUCUACCUGGCCAUCGAGAGUGCAAAUGAACUGGCUGUGCAAAAAGCCAAGACAGAAAUCACACGCCUGAUCAAAGAGGAGCUCAUCAGACUCCAAAACUCGUACCAGCCGACGAGUAAGGGCCGGUACAAAGUGCUCUGAAGGAUCCUGGAGUUUGCGGUGUCCAUUUGUUUUAUUAAAGUUGAUUAUAACUUUGACUUCCUC